UUCAAGUGGUGAGAAAGUUACACCAAUUUGUAAGUAUCAUUAUAAACCCUAUCUGUCACUAUGUUGGAGCUUACUCUCAUGGUAUUGAAGUUUUGUUUUAAUAGAUAUUGACAUUUUAAUUAAUAAUGUCUACAACAAUAUAAUUGACUGCAAAUAGAAUUAACUUCAUCGGCAUGUACUUGACAACAAAAUUUAGCAGAACAAUACAGAUUGAUCCACCUUAUCCACAGUGUCAACAACUACAAGCAUGGGUCGCACAGAACAAAGAAACCCUUGCCUCUUUCACUAUGCGGAGUACAUCCAGAUCUGGAUCUCUCAUAUCUGUUUCAAUGAAUGAAGAAGUAGUGCCAAUUGCAAACAUUCAAUCGCAGGAAGACGAACAGUCAUUCUACAUUGAAGCAAAAAUAUCCUUGCCAAAUAGCCUCAGGUCUUUCUGUGUCUUGAAUUAUUCAAGCUGUGGACAAGAAGUACGCAGUACGACCAAGAGAAAAAUUCGCUGCAUGAAUUGUAAUAAGCAGAGUAUGUUGGUUCCUAGGUGUCGAUUUGAUGUGAAUCUCAAAGAUGCCUCUGGCUCGGCAACUGGGAUGAUUAUGGACAAAGAAGGAGAAAAACUAUUAGCUCUUACUGCAGCAGAGAUUUACGAAAGAGUUUCAGCUGAGAAUGACAACCUGCCUGUGGAAGAUUUCCAAAGCAAAUUUGACCAGAAGCUGUUCAGAAUUCAAGUGAAGAAGCCAUUUGGCCGUGCUUCAUCCACAUCAUCUUCAAAAUUGUAUAUCCAGUAAUGCAUUGAAAAGGAAAGCAUUAUUCAUUCUCUCCCAGCACCAGCCACAGCAUCAAUCACUAUCAGCGAAAGCAGUAAAAGGAAAAAAGAACAUGUAUCUUCCCAUGAUACAAAAACAAACCUGCCAACCGAACAAGGUGAAUUAGUCAAAGAUGAAACAGAAACUGGAGCCAACAAACUCCAGUGAAAAGGAAAUGAAGGUUAACCAACUAAUUUUGCAACCACUUUUGGCUUUCAUGGAACAAAGUUGUUUUGCAGGAAAAUGAAGUGUUGACUAUAACUUGCUCAAUUUUUGGCUUGUACAUAGAUUUCCAGUGACUUCUAUAGUCAUGGAAUAAAGAAGAUGAGCAUCACGUUGUUUGGUUGUGGCUAGACAAGGGCAAGCCACAUGAAUGCCCAGUAUGCACACAGUAUUUUGUGGUAGGUCAUGAAAGUUCCCAGGUCAUGAAAGAGUUUUAUCUUUCAAGAGCAUACUUAUGUUCAACUGCCAGAAUUCAGAUUUCAGCCCAACCACAUACAAAUGUUGGAGCACCUACAAUCUUUGUACUUUUGUCUUUCCUACAAACUACUCAUGUAACUUUGUUCCACAAAUGAAUGUAAUAUACUAUGAACCAAGUUAUUUUAAUAUUUAGUUUAAUCA